CGCUGUGCGGCUGUGCGCAAGGGAGAUGGCCGCGCUUUGUCAAUCUCCGCCGACGGACAACACGCGACUCUGACGCGAUCAGACCAGACGCGAUUUCGAAAGAAAAAAAAGGUUCGAAGUACUCCGCGACAUCCGAUCGUCGGGAUAAGACGCGGGCACCGAUCUCGUCCGGAGCGCGAUCCCCGAGAUCCUGGCGGGCUCCUCGAUUCCCGGGUGGUGCGUGGCGUGCGUGGCGAAUCUUGCCACCUAUUUCCGGCGGCACGCCGACCGCAAGGUGACGUUUGCUGUUCGCCGAAGGUGUGUUGCCGUCCCGGAGGUCCGGAGCCGUAUCGGGGGGCGAGAGGGCGAAAGAUUCGUCAGGCACACGUACACGUCAGGCUGACGAAACUCUACGUCGGACGGCACAAAGGACACGCAGUUGGGAGGCGUUCGGUGUGUACCCGGGUAUCCGUUCCGGUCCUCCAGGACCUCCUCCGGUCGCGGAUCAGUAAGAUCAACGGGAGAACUCGUCUCCGUCGGCUCGCCCUCGAGGUCCCGCGCGCGACGUUUCCACUCGCGCCUCCGGUAUAAGAUGGGUCUCACGAUCAGCAGCCUGCUCACCCGGCUGUUCGGCAAGAAGCAGAUGCGGAUACUGAUGGUGGGCCUGGACGCCGCCGGCAAGACCACCAUACUCUACAAGCUCAAGCUCGGCGAGAUCGUCACCACGAUACCCACGAUCGGCUUCAACGUCGAGACGGUCGAGUACAGGAAUAUCUGCUUCACCGUGUGGGACGUGGGCGGCCAGGACAAGAUCCGGCCGCUCUGGAGGCACUACUUCCAGAACACCCAAGGCCUGAUCUACGUGGUGGACAGCAACGACCGCGAGCGUAUCGGCGAGGCGGAGCGCGAGCUGGCGAACAUGCUGAAGGAGGACGAGCUGCGGGACGCGGUGCUGCUGGUGUUCGCCAACAAGCAGGAUCUACCCAACGCCAUGACCGCCGCCGAGCUCACCGACAAGCUGGGACUGAACUCGCUGAAAGGACGUCACUGGUACAUCCAGAGCACCUGCGCCACGCAGGGAAACGGACUGUACGAGGGCCUGGACUGGCUGAGUAACGAACUGGCCAAAAAGUGAUAGCGCCUUAUCGCAUCCGGCAUUCUUUUAAGGACUAUUAAUUCAUCGAGUAUGAGGGGGAGGGUUUUCUCGGCAGUUUUCCAUCUUUGUCAAAUUGUAUCGAUGUAACGUCUAUCAUGUACAGUUUAAACAGGUUCGCUACGUUCACGAUUGUUUACAGAAAUUUACACGAAAUGCGAGAAUCGAGGGGAUGUUUUAGGAGCGAUCUGAUGAACCGCAUCUCGUCAUCGUCGUACGCGCGAUUCGAAUUCGCGUGGACUUUGCUCCAGGAGCGAAAUUUGUUCAGGAGGGAUGGGAGAAUCGGGAUAUAACGGUCCUUACGUCAUUUAUAAGAAUAUAUAUAUACGAAGGUUGUACAUAGUACUAAGUUCUUUCAUACAUACCAAUCAUUUGCCAAGUGAAUUCUAAUUUUGCCUUUCGAUGCAUCGAGUGACAAUAGUAUCGUUUUCGACCAAUCAAUUUAACUGUAUGGAAGAGAUUUAUUCAUGUAUUAUUACACGUGAAAAAAAAACGUCGGUUAUCACAAUUUUUGUUUUCUAUUUUGAUCUGCGUCCGUGCUACUCGUGAAGAAUGACACACGAUGUAUUAUGUGAUGUUAUAAACAGGUCGUUUGCACUUUCCUGUUCUUCUAAUAGAUAUAAGUAAAUUUUUGGGAUAAGUAAUUGCUAGUUGCGUAAGGCUUUACAGAUAAGUAUAACGAUUAACUUUAAUGCUGCGAAAGGAAAAUAAAAUAAAAAACUUAACUACGGUUUACGAACCGCGAUUUUCCUUUUUAAUAAAAAUAGACACAUAAAUUGUAAGAGAUAUGAUUAGAAAUCAUUGUCACAAUAAAUCUUAAACAUAUAAAAAAA